GGUUUUAGUUGCCAGCUGGAAAGCGAGCGCAACGGUUUAUGCAAGUUCUGCGCCUCAGUUGGAAAUGAAAAGAUACCUCCUUAAGGAGUCGCGAACUACAUUAAAAAAUAUUUUUCGAAUGCGCCCCGCCAUUGUGUUAUAUUAAGAAAAAAAUCAAGUGAAACAUUGAACAAAAGUUUUUGAAAAGAAACAAAGAAGAAACAUACAUUUGUCGUAUUUUAUAAACAUCAAAAGUGAUUUAAGUGAUAAUUAUUAAAAAAUGGAAUCCACUAUUGUCACCACAACAACCACAGCAACAACGACAACCGAUUUGAAGCGCUGCAAACAAAUAGAUCUUGAUGGCCAACUGGUCGGAUCAGCAUCGGAGACGGAUGCAGCGCAUCAGUUUCCGUCCAACGAAGAGCCGAAUGUGCUUGGACAUGGACCCAACUACGAUGAGAAGCUGUGCAAAUUCAAAUGGCUCUGCAAUUUCGAUGAUGCCCCCAGCCAUCUGAAGUUCAAUCCGUACAUCCGUCGUGGCUACCGUACAUUCCUUUCCAACAAGCUGUGCCUGCAGAGCAUUUUCUGGUGGACCAACGAGACGAUCAAUAUCUGGAGCCAUCUGGCUGGAUGCAUACUCUUCAUUGCCCUGACGAUCUUUGACUUUCAGUUCCUGCGCAUCCACGCCUCGUUGACCGAUCAGGUGCUGGUCGUCUGUCUGCUGGUCUGCUUCUGCCUGUGCAUGCUGAUGUCCGCCAUAUACCACAUAUUCUCGUGCAAGUCGGAGGAGCACUAUGAGCUAUUCCUGUCGGUCGAUUUCCUGGGCAUAUCCCUCUCCCUGGUGGCCAUCUACAUCAGCGGCAUGUACUACGCCUUCUGGUGCCACACCUUUCUGCGCACUCUCUACUCGACCAUUGCCAUGGGCAUGUUCGGGCUGGCCAUCGCUGUGCAGAUCCCAAAGCUCAAUGUUUCCAUGAACGGCAAGGUGUCAGUGCUGUUGCUGUGGUCCGCCUACGGUGUCAUUCCUCUCGGCCAUUGGGCUGUGGCCAUGGGCGGCCUGGAGAACGAGUUGGUCAGGCUGAUGGCGCCCCGCAUUGUGGUCAUGUAUCUGCUGUGCCUCAUCGCCUUCGUGUUCUAUGCGGCCAAGAUACCCGAGCGCUGGUUCACGGGCAAGGUGGACUUUGUGGGACACUCGCACAACUGGUGGCACCUGAUCAUCGUGGCCGCAUUCUACCACUGGCACAACACCGGGCUGGUGUAUGCCGAGUAUCGUCUGAACAACGGCUGCAGUGCGCCGAUUCUCUCCUGAGGGAGCAGCUUGGCCUGGCAGCUUGGGCAGCGGUACUCUAUUACUACGCCUAGUGUAAAUAGCUUAUGGAGCACCUCUAUAUCUGCAUAUUAACUAAUAUUUAGUUGUAGUUGUUGACCGAUAUGUUUAAUUUAUGUAUAGCUUACUGUUUAGUUAGGGUUUCGUGUUAGUUUAUCCAUGAGUCAGUCGGCACUGCACGAGCUGAGCGGAGCU